AGCUCAGUCUGGCUUUAACAAUCCAAACAGCCACAUCGCGUUCCGUUCAUAAAACAAAAAAAAAUAUACAAAAAAAUAGAAAAAAUAAUCUAUAUAUAGAAUAAAUAUAUUAUAGUGCUGUGUGUGUAAAAGAUUAAGAAUUGAAAUAUUUGUAAAAUGUGGCGCUUAGUUUUGGCAUCAAUGAUAAUAAGUGCGGUUUGUUGUGAGACGGAGCUUUGGCGAACAGAUAUAAGGACGCCCGAAACUAUGGCCUAUGUAGAUCGAAUUGGUCAAGAAUGGAAAGAGCAACAGCAACAAUAUCAGUUAAAGCUACAAGAAAGACAGCAGCAACAACAGAUAAUACAGCAACAGAUACUACAGGAACAGCAACUGCAACAGCAACAGCAACAGCAACAGCAACAGCAGCAACAAAAUAAAUUUUGUAAGGACCCACCAAGUGUACCAUUACCAACACUGCCUCCCCUUUCCUCUCCCGGCCUUGUCGGUGGCCUUGGAAAUAGAGUCGACCCAGUAGGAGCCCAUAUCGUCCCUCCUACUACUAUAAUAAAUCCAUUUCCGGAAUCAAAUUACGGAUAUGGCCAGACACGUGUGGAUUUAGUCACCUCGGAUGCAAUAGCCAACAGUGUCCUGCACUUUGCCAAUGAAUUGGGAAAAAACUUGGGCCACAAGAAAACGGAGAUCUUCUCACCACUGAGCAUUGUCAAUUCCCUGGCACUUUUAUAUUUGGGCGCCAAGGGCGCUAGUCGCGAGCAAUUGUCGUAUGUUUUUGAGAAAGCGGAUCCCAUUAAGUUUCACGAGCAGUUUGGAUUAAUGCUGAAGGAUCUGCAGCAACCGACGAGGGAGCUGGUGUCCCAGGGACGACCACUGGUGAACUGGAGGGCUGUCAAUGGAAUGCGAUCGAAUCGCCGGGCCCAGAGGCCAGGAGCCCAUGAGGUGCACCUCGCCAAUGGAAUAUUCGCCCAGUCCGGCUAUUCGCUCAACCCUGACUACAGGCAAGCAGCUGCUGAAGUAUAUGGAGCGGAAAUACAGACCCAGAACUUUGAAAGUAGUCCCGCCGAAUCCCGGUACAACAUUAACAGAUGGGUGGCGAAACACACCAAUAACCACAUUGAGGAUAUUAUUUCGAGCCAAAUCCCCCAGAGCACCAAGAUGAUCCUGGCCAAUGCCUUGUACUUUAAGGCAUUUUGGGAAACGGACUUCAUUGAAACCGCCACCAGGUUGGAUAACUUUUAUCCGAACGGCGAGGGCACCCACCCGGUGGUGAGGGUUAAGAUGAUGGCAACUGGAGGCAACUUCCCCUAUCACGAGGAUCAUCAGUUGGGCUGCAAGAUCAUCGGACUGCCAUACAGAGGCAACCUGAGCACCAUGUACAUUAUCCAGCCACUGCAAUCCUCCCAGCAGGAACUGAUGGCCCUGCAAGGGAAGUUGAAUUCGGAAGUAAUCGAAGAUCUCAUUGGCAAAAUGUACAGACGAUCGGCUCUGGUGGCAUUCCCAAAACUACAUCUUACGGAGUCUAUGAAUAUGAAAAGCAUUCUCCAAAAUAUGGGCCUAGGUGCCAUUUUCAGUGCCGUUCAAAAUGAUCUCUCCCUGAUUGCCACACGAGAGCCUGCGGCGACAAAUUAUGGUGGCGGCAAUAGCCUUCAGAAUCUGGAGGCACAGCGUAACGCUCCCGGAGUAGGAGGACGCUCUGAUCUGUUUGUGGACGAUAUUGUCCACAAAGUGGAUUUCACGGUCAACGAACAGGGUACAGAGGCGGCGGCGGCCACGGUCACGUACCUAAAGAAAUCCGGCCCGGAUGUUCUUUUCCGGGGCGAUACGCCAUUCAUGGUCAUUGUGCGCCACGAUCCCACCAAGCUGGUGCUUUUCUACGGGCUCAUCAACCAGCCACCCGCUGAUCUUGGUUAUUCGAAAACUAGAACCUAAGUUCGUUGACUUUUAUUUAGGAACCUAUGAUAUCAUUUAAAAUGAUGCUAAACAAUAAAUUAAAUAUUAUAUUAUUUUUAGACCAUAAAA